UGAGCCUGCAGGUCCGGCCAGCGCGCCUAGCGCCUGGCUCAGCCGGCCGUUCCCGGACGUGGCUCCCGCGAGUCCAGAGCCAUGUUGGACUUCGCGAUCUUCGCCGUGACCUUCUUGUUGGCGCUGGUGGCGGCGGUGCUCUACCUCUACCCGGCUUUCAGACAAGCUGCAGGAAUUCCAGGGAUUACUCCAACAGAAGAAAAAGAUGGUAACCUUCCAGAUAUUGUGAACAGUGGAAGUUUGCAUGAGUUCCUGGUUAAUCUGCAUGAGAGAUAUGGACCCGUGGCCUCUUUCUGGUUUGGCAGACGUCUUGUGGUUAGUUUGGGCACUGUUGAUGCCCUAAAGCAGCAUAUCAAUCCCAACAAGACAUCGGAUCCUUUCGAAACUAUACUGAAGUCAUUGUUACGUUAUCAGCCUGUUGGUGGGAAUAUGAGUGAAAACCACACGAGGAAAAAAUUGUGUGAACGAGGUGUGGCCAAUUGUCUGCAUAGUAAUUUUACCCUCCUCCUAAAGUUUUCAGAAGAAUUAUUGGAAAAAUGGUUGUCCUACCCUGAGUCCCAGCAUGUCCCUCUCUGCCAGCACAUGCUUGGCUUUGCAAUGAAGUCUGUUACACAGAUGGUAAUGGGCAGUACCUUUGAAGAUGACCAGCAAGUCAUUCACUUCCAGAAGAAUCAUGGCACAGUUUGGGCUGAGAUCGGAAAAGGCUUUCUAGAUGGAUCACUUGAUAAAAGCACUACUCGGAAAAAACAAUACGAAGAUGCCCUUAUGCAACUAGAAUCUAUUUUAAAGAAAAUCAUACAAGAACAAAAAGGAAAGAACUUCAGUCAAAAUACUUUCAUCGACACCUUAAUACAGGGAAACCUUAACAAUCAACAGGUAAUGUGA